AUGGCGGAGAAAUAUCUAAGACAGAUCUACUACGAUCCAGAAAGCCCCGCAAGUUUUGGUGGCGUAGAUUCCGUUUAUCGCGCCGUGAAAAACGAAGGGAAAUAUGAGAUAUCGCGGAAUAAAAUACGCCAAUGGUUACAAAAGCAAGAUGCCUAUUCAUUGCAUAAACCUGUCAGAUAUCGCUUCAGGCGUAACCGUGUUGUAGUUGGAGCCAUGGAUGAUGAGUGGGAGGCAGACUUAGUCAUUAUGGAUUCAUUAAGUCAACAGAAUAAUGGGUACAAGUACGUUUUAACUGUUAUUGAUGUACUCAGCAAAUAUGCGUGGGUUGAAGUGAUAAAAGCAAAAACUGGGAACAAUCUUGUCAAAGCCUUUGAGAAAAUAAUCAAGAAAGGCCGUAAACCGAAAAUGUUUCACACUGAUAAGGGGACGGAGUUUAUCAAUAGACAGUUUCAAACCUUUUUGAAGAAACAUGGCAUUCGAUUUUUUACGACGUACAACGAAACCAAGGCAUCGAUUGUUGAAAGGUUUAAUCGUACGCUCAAGACGAAAAUGUGGAAAUACUUUACAGCGAACAAUACGCUCAAGUACGUUGACAUUCUCCAGAAACUGGUCAAAUCUUAUAAUCAUUCUCGACAUUGUAGUAUUGGUAUGAGACCGGUAGAUGUGAAUAAAAGUAACGAGAAUAUUGUGUGGCAAACACUCUACGGGAAGGAGUCGAAAAAAUCAAUCCAGUUUAAGUUUAACAUUGGGGACCAAGUCCGGAUUAGCAAAGCAAAGCGAACAUUUAAGAAAGGAUACUUGCCCAAUUGGACUGAAGAAGUGUUCACGGUAACGAAACGCGUGCCUCAACGACCGCCUGUUUACAAGAUUGCAGAUUAUGACGGUGAAGAACUGGAAGGAACAUUUUACGAGCAGAAACUUCAGAAAGUCAACAAAUCAGACAGUGACUAUUAUAGAGUAGAAAAAGUAAUAAGAUCACGCAUGCGUAAUAAACGUAAAGAGUAUUAUGUAAAAAAUGGUUGGGUUACCCUGACAAGUUUAAUUCUUGGGUACCAGCAGAGAGUGUAA